CCGGCCGCGCAGCAGGGGUGGUUUGCUGUGUAGAUGCAAGUAAAUCCAGAUUGUGGAUUGCAUGAUGAGUCUACAAGAUGCAUAGCCACAUAUUUUUACCUGCACAGACCUCUAAAGAUCGAGACUGUUUACGGCUGUGGUUUGGGGAGAAAUCCCUGCCUGUGUGCCCUCUGAUCUGCUACCAAGGAGAAACAGGGCCUGUGUAUUUAUAUCCCCAAAGGGCAUCUCUCAGAGAUUCACCUUUCACAGGAUGACACAGGUUUAAUGUUUAAAAAUGACCAACUAACAAUUCUAAUAGUAUUUAAGUAAAUUCAUUUGUAAAUUAUUUUGAGACAUCAUCAUGAAUAGCAAAUAUAUGCAUAAUCUCAUUUUUAAAUAUUGCAUUAGACAAAAUUGCUUGGAAAGUUCCCAAGACAAUUUUUUAGAAAUACAGGCAUGUGAUGAUAGAGAACAAGUGCAAAAGAUGAACUGGUAUAACUCGCAUGUACAUUAUAUCAAAAGAUGAAAACUUUUAAUACGUUUGGAGGUUCUGAUUGUGGCUCAAUAGGUUGACUUUAUUAUCAGUUUCCCUUUUAUUCCAUUUACAAUGUUACUUUAUUUUCAGGAAAGAAUUUGGGUGGGGAGAUGAGUUGAAGAAUGAAUCUGUAAAUAACAGAUUGACACAACCAAUGCUGGGAAAAGUUGGCUUUUAAUUUUUCAUAUUUUCCAUUAUGCCUUUUAAAGUUAUUACUAAUAUUCUCCCAUGAUGAAAAUAUUACCAGCUACCAUUAAAUAAUCUUUUCCAAAAAUCAUAGAGAAAGUGUAAGCUUAGCAGGCAGGUUACAGGAAAGCCAGUCCUCAGCUCUUCUUAUGAACUAACCCAUCUCUUUUUCCCUCUUGAAGGCCGCCUUCUCUUUGGGGAAAAAGGAAACUGGGUCUGGGCCUCUCCUUCUAGUAUUGAUUCCACUGCAAACUGUAGAGGGUGAAUCCCUCUUGAGAGAUAUUCUGUGGGGUAUAAUCACACAGACUCUGCCUCCCCUUCACACUUGAUUGACCAUCAGAGUGCUCCUCUAAAGGGAUUUCCUUCCAGGCCACAGUUUUAAUUUGUCCCUGAUUUUUGAAAGGGGGGGAAAAUCCAUAUGCUCUUCAUUCUUCUACCCCAGGUUUUUUGUGUUAACUGCUGCAUUUUAGACUACCAUCAUCUCCUUGGCUGCUGCUAUUUCACCUAUCCCCAGCUAAUAUACAAACCCGAAGGAUAGAUACCUGUGAAAAACAGAAAUGGGAGAGCCCAUUUUAGUGCGACAUGACAGAGAUUGGCCUGCCCCUUAUUUUUAAGAAGACAGCUAAAAGUUGUUUCAGUGAUUUCCCUUCUUCCCCUAAUAUCAUAUAAUUACUGACUCUACCUGCCUAUAUUAAUUUUUCUCAUGAAUCAGCUACUUUUCAGUUUUUCAUUUGAUUUCUUUACAGAAGGUUUGUUUAUUGCUUGUUAGAUAGCAAAUCAUCUUUAGUGUAAUACACUUUUAUAAGUGUGUGGUCUUCCUCAAAAGUUUAAUCAGAGUUGCAGAAAAUAUAGCUUAAAAUUGUUUUUUAUAUUGGAUAUAUCUUAAUGACCAUAGAGAAAAUUAUGCUAAAGACAGUGAUUUCUUUGCUUUCCUCAUAGUGUCAUAGUAAACAUUAUUCACAGUGCCACAGGAUACCAUUCAAAGACAAUACGUUUUCUGAAUGUGGCCUUUGACAAUUCUGGAGAUUCUUUACUUGCUGGAGACCACCAAGGAAAUAUAUAUGUUUUUGACUUGACUGGAAACAGAUUCAUUCUUGUUCAGCGAACAAUGCAGGCUUGCACUGCUUUGGCAUUUAAUCUCCGCAGGAAGACUGAAUACCUUGUGGCUUUGGCAGAUUAUUCCAUUAAAUGCUUUGAUACAGACACCAAAGAGCUAGUUAGUUGGAUGAGGGGACAUGAUUCUUCAGUCUCUUCAAUCUCCGUCCAUGGAUCUGGCAGAUACGCCAUCACUACAUCCAGUGAUACAGCACAAUUCUGGGACCUUGAUACCUUCCAAAGAAAAAGAAAGUUGAAUGUCCACCAAUCAGUGGGUAUUCAAAAGGUUUUCUUUCUUCCACUAAGCAACACCAUCAUCAGCUGUUUCAAAGACAAUUCUAUCUUUGCAUGGGAAUGUGAUACACUUCAAUGUAAAUACCAGUUGCCAACUCCAAUAGAAGGCUCUGUGUUGCAUUAUAAAGUCUUUGCUGUUACCAGAGAUGGCCGGGUGCUAGUAACAGGAGGAAAAUCAAAUCAUCUUCACGUGUGGUGUCUGGAAUCAAAACAGCUGUUAAGAAUAAUCCAGAUGCCUACAAAAGUACGAGCUGUUCGCCAUCUGGAAUUCCUUCCUGAUAAUUUUGAUGGUGGUUCUAAUCAGGUUCUUGGAGUUCUAAGUCAAGAUAAUAUUAUGAGAUUUAUCAAUAUACAGACGUGCAAGAUUCUGUUUGAUAUUGGGAGUCAUGAGGAGGGAAUCAGCGCAGUAACUAUUAGCCCAAAUGGACGGUAUAUUGCAUCAGUAAUGGAAAAUGGUAGCCUCAACAUAUAUAGUGUCCAGGCUUUAACGCAGGAAGUAAAUAAGCCACCAGCACCCUUGGUUAAAGUAGUUGAAGAUUUGUCGAAAGGCAAGUUGGGAGCGAGUAAACUUACAAUGAGAGUAAUGUCAGGAAGGUCAGAGAGGCCUUGGAAAUCAAAAGGAACUAAAACUCAAACCAGAGUGCUAAAACCACAAGUGAACUCAUCGCUUGAAAAUAAAGAGAAUGAGCUACCAGAUGGAUUAAACAAGAAACGUCUACAAGCCUUACUGAAAGGAUUUGGAGAAUAUCCAGCAAAAUACCGGAUGUUUGUUUGGCGUGCCUUACUACAACUUCCUGAAAACCACUUAGCAUUUAGUAGCCUAAUAGACAAAGGUAUCCAUUCUGCAUUUGUGCACCUAAAGGAUGAAUACCCCAUGAAAAGUAGGAAACUCCUGAGAGUUUUACAAAGGACCUUAUCUGCUUUAGCUCACUGGUCUGCUAUCUUUGGUGAGACCCCAUAUAUUCCUCUGCUAGCGUUCCCAUUUGUAAAAUUAUUCCAGAACAAUCAGCUAAUCUGCUUUGAAGUUGCUGCUACUGUAAUAGUUAAUUGGUGUCAACACUGGUUUGAAUAUUUUCCUAAUCCUCCAGUCAAUAUCCUUAGUAUGGUGGAGAAUAUCUUGGCACAUCAUGACAAGGAAUUGCUUCAACAUUUAAUAAACUACAAUGUAACUUCACAGCUAUAUGCCUGGCCUCUUCUAGAAACAUUAUUCUCUGAGGUUCUAACAAGAGAAGAAUGGCUGAAAGUGUUCGAUAAUAUCUUUUCCAACCAUCCUUCAUAUUUUCUCAUGAUGGUUGCUGCCUAUAUUAUAUGUUCCAGAUCUCCUUUACUUCACUGUAAUCAAACAGAGGACUUUGAGUAUUUUUUCCAUCAUCGGAACAACCUGGAUAUUAAUGUUGUGAUUAAAGAAGCCUAUCAUCUUAUGGAAGCUACCCCAGCAGAUAUCCAUCCCAAACGUAUGCUUGAUGACUUCAUACCACUCACAAAGGGCCAGUACCCAGUAUUUAAUAAAUACCCCAAGUUUAUUGUGGAUUAUCAGACUCAGGAGCGAGAGAGGAUCAGACAGGAUGAAAUAGAAUACUUACGAGAGAGACAAUUAGUUCACGAAAUAGAAGCUAAAGCAAUACAGCGAAAAGUAGAAGAUGAGGCAUGGUAUCGGAAGCAGGAACUGCUUCAUAAGGCUGAAGAACAGAGGAGAAAAAUUCUGCUGCAAGAAGAGGAAAAACUGACAGAUCAAAGACAGAGACUAGCAGCUGUGAAAAGGGAAUUGAAAGUAAAAGAGCUCCAGCUAUUGGAUGCUGCAAGAAGACGUUUCCUGAAACAUCAGCAGGAUCAGCGUCAAAUGGAACUAAAACGUCUGGAUGAUGAAAUUGCAAGAAAGGUGUCCAUGAGAGAGAGAGAAACAGCUGCUACUGUUCAAGAUGUAGAAGUGCGGCAAAUGGAACUUGAAUCCCAAAGACAGCUUUUUGAACAGCAACUUGUCAAAGAUCAAGAGGCAGUGACACAGGAAGUGAAAGGAGAGAUAGAUGCCAGUCAAAGAAGGGCUGAUCUUGAAGAACACCUAGUUCAGAGGUUAAUAGAAAUUGAUCGGGAUGAGGACCGCAAAGCUCAGGUGCUGGCUGAAGAAAGUUUAGCAAAAGCUGAUCAGAAGUGCAUUGACACAGACUGGAGAAUUCAAGCCUUGUAUAAACAAAGAUGUGAUGAUCUAGACCGUGAAGCACAUUAUGAAGAGAUAGCUAAACUUCUUCAUGACAACAGAGAAAAAGAAGCUGAGUUACUGAAAGCAAUGAAGGCAGAGGAGGAUAAAAGGUGGGAAGAACUUACAGAGAAAAGAGCUCACCUGGAAUCAGAGCAGCUAGCCGCUACUGCUUUAGAUGCCCAGCGGAAGCAGUUCUUAGAAGAUGAAAUGAACGAUGCAAUAGAAUUGUCUGAAAAGCUACAACGUGAAGAUGGCUAUUUUGAAAGAUUGCGUGAUUUAAAGACCGGGUGUGUACAGCAAGAUUUAAAAUUCCAGCAGGUGCGUGAGGAAGCUCAACCCAAGUCAGGAUAUGUCUGUCUAAAUGACUUCUCUACAACAGAGUCCUCAGCAAACUUUUCUUUAGAUAGAAGACGAGAAGACCUGGAAUGCAGAGAACGGGAAUUAAUGGCAGAAGUCAGAGAGCUCAGGCAAAAGCUUACUUCACAGGCCCGAGCUACCUAUCCCUUACCUCAUUUUCCAGACACAAAGUGGGCCACUUAAGAAAACACACUUUAUACUUUAGCUGUAUCAUAUUAAUCACUGAGAUUCUCAAUAGCAAUGUUGUGAUCAAAGAGACUGGUUUUAGAUUAUUUAUUAUGAAUGAUUUUGGAAAUAUUUUUUAUAUAAAAAUAAAUACUAACUAGAAAUGUUAUAGUUGCACACUUCUGAUCUGUCCAUUAUGACACUUCAUUCUUGAUUAUUAUUUUUUUAAAUAAACACACUUUCUUUAUUGCUGAACUACUGAAUAAUCUGUAUUUGAGUAUAUGGCAUAUUAUGAUUACGCUGAUUCCCUAAAAAAAAUCAAAGCACAGUUAAAAUGAUUUAUUUGUCUGUAGUGUCUAAUAGGUGUCUUUUUUUGUGGUCAUGUUACCUGGUACAGUGGAAUUCAAUAUCAAGAAAAGCUGUGAAAGCCAAAAGUAUAACUGAGUUAAAAAAGGAAUAAGGUAAAUUCAUGAAGAAUAGGUCUAUCCAUGUCGAUCAGCCAAGAAAGUCAGGGAUGCAACCUUAUGCUUUGGGUAUAUCUAAAAUCUUUGACUACCAGAAACUGAGACUGGAAGACAGGUUGCUCAAUAAAUUGUCCUGCUUUGUUCCCUCUGAAGCAUCUGGCACCAGCCACUGUUGGAAGACAGGAUGCUAGAUAGAUGGACAACUGGUCUGAUCCACUGAUCUUAUAUUCCUAUGGUGCAUUCCAGAGAAGACAAGGGUGAUCAAAAAGUAAAAAUGGAUAUAGUAUCCAGAUCCUUAUCUCCUGUAAAUCACCUAUAGCUCCAUUGAGUUUGAUGGUCCUAAAAUAAUUUAUACCAGAUGAAGAUUUCGCCCAGGACUUGGAACAUCAUAUAAAAGCUGCAAUAUAAGGAAUGAGAAAUUAAAAUAAAAU